GAGAAACUGUCACACCAGCGACCAGCUGUCGCGAUUUUUCGAAGGACUGCCAUCUCAAUUGGAUUUGUGGGGCAGAUUUUCCAUGGGACGGCGUUUUGAAGAACAGCGCGCCCUUUGGCGCAGUUGUGGCCCACUACACCGCCCUGCCUCAGACCCCCAGGCUGGCUUCCCGGAGGGUGUGGUCAAUGUGGUGCCUGGUUAAGGUGGAGCCUUCACCGGAUCCUGGAGUUGGGCGGCAAGUCCCCCAACAUUAUCCUCUCUGACUCGGCGUAGUGUAGCCGUGGAGACGGCCCAUUUCGGUCUCUUCUUCACGUGCACUUAGCCUCAGGCGGCCAACUAAAUUGGACAUGGUAAAUGCUUUUAUCGGAACCAAACGCACUCUUUCUUGAUGUCCCAAGGUCUAUUAGAUGUGGGGUUGGGCAGUAGGUCUUUUGAGGCAAGCCAGAGACCAAGCCCUCGCAGCUCUCCAUGUCCGCCGCCAGCAACGCCCCACUUUAUUUCAAUUAACUUUUAAAUCAGUCUGAUUCCAUAAUGAUGUUAGUGGAUAUUUUGGAGAAAAAAAUAGACGAUAGUGUCUACAUUAUAGCUGAAAUUGGACAAAAUCAUCAGGGAUGCCUGGAGCUGGCCAAAACGAUGAUACUAAAGGCAAAAGAAGCAGGAUGCCAUUGUGUGAAAUUUCAAAAGUCUGAUUUACCAGCAAAGUUUACACGGUCCGCUCUAGCCCGCGAAUACGUGAGCGAAAAUGCUUGGGGCAAGACCUAUGGAGAACACAAGGAAUAUCUAGAGUUCUCCAGAGACCAAUACCAAGAGUUACAGGCGUACAGUCGACAACUAAAUGUGGAUUUUACUGCAUCCGCAAUGGAUGAGCUCUCUUUGGACUUUCUGGCAGACCUGAAGGUCCCAUUCAUUAAAAUUGGAUCUGGAGAUGCCAACAACUUUCCGCUUUUGAAAAAGGCAGCUGGCCUGGGAGUACCUCUAGUCAUCUCAACAGGAAUGCAGACAAUCCAAACGGUUGAGAAAAUUGUGAAAAUAAUGGCAGAAGCUGGAAAAAUCGACUAUGCACUCAUGCAUUGUGUCUCGGCAUACCCUACACCACCAAAAGAUUGCAAUUUGCGCUUGAUUUCCAUGCUAAAGAAUCGCUUUCCCAAUGUAGUCAUUGGUUAUUCCGGACAUGAGCUGGGUGUGGCCAUAACCCAGGCAGCCGUCUUGUUGGGCGCCAGGAUAGUGGAGCGGCAUUUUACCCUUGACAAGAAUCAAAAGGGCUCCGAUCAUCGUUGCUCCCUUGAAACGCACGAAUUUAAAUCAUUGAUUGCGGCAAUUCAAAGAUUUAAGCUCACGAAACUGCCCUUUGAUCCCGAUGCAAUAAUUUCAAUGCUGGGUGGAGAUCAGGAACUGGCAGAAGCACUUCAAUACAAUGGCGAAAAGAAGGUUUUGGCGUGCGAGUUGCCGUGUCGAAAUAAGCUCGGAAAAUCUAUUGUAGCAGCUCGGACCCUUCACAAAGGCCUGAAGCUUCAAUUGACCGAUUUGGCUAUCAAAGUUAGUGAGCCCAACGGCCUGCCUGCUGAGGCAUAUUUCGAUAUAGUCGGUAAGGAAUUAACAGACACUGUUUAUGAGGAUGAACCCAUAGCCGGGAACAUGGUAAAAUUGUAAGUCAAUACUCGAGCACUCAAUACAGCGUGUGCAUUAUUAAAUACGUAUCUAAAAAUUAA